AUGUCUUCUUCUUCCAAAAGACACCCAACAUACCAUGGAAUUCGAAGCCGUGGAGGAAAAUGGGUGACUGAAAUCCGUGAGCCCCGUAAGACAAACCGCAUAUGGCUAGGCACAUUCCCCACCCCUGAGAUGGCAGCCGCUGCGUAUGACGUUGCGGCUUUGGCUCUGAAAGGUCGGGACGCAGUGCUAAACUUUCCAGACAGGGCUCACAUGUAUCCAGUGCCGGCGUCCAAUUCUUCUGAUGACAUACGCAACGCAGCCAUUGCUGCAGCUGAAUUCAUGAACACUGAAUCCAGCAAUGAUGCUGGUUUUGAAGUUAAUCCUUCGUAUCAAAGUGAUCAGUUUCUUGAUGAAGAAGCUAUAUUCUCCAUGCCAAGUUUGAUGGUAGCAAUGGCGGAGGGAAUGAUGGUUUCACCUCCCAGAAUGAAUCCGCCACAGUCUGAUUACUCACAUGAUCAAUGUUACACUAUGGGACAAAGUUUGUGGAACCAUUUUUGA